AUGGAUACCUUUCACACCUCCAUCGGUGCAUCGCGGCUGCGCGUCCAGCUGUCCAAUACCUUUGGAGGCUCAGAUCUCCCCAUCACAGCAGCAUCGCUGGCCGUGCCUCUAGAUGGCGCUGCGGGGGUUCCCGGCAUCGACACCAAGACUCUCAAAGGUCUUACCUUCUCCGGCUCGCCGUCGGUGACGAUUAAGCAGGGAGCAGUGGUCUACUCAGACCCCAUCGACUUCACUGUUGCGGCGCAGACUAACAUCGCUCUGAGCUUGUACACCCAGCAGGGCCAGUCCGGGAGCAAGAUCACAGGACAUCCGGGCAGCCGCACGACGUCGUGGAUGCAGAGCGGGAACCAGGUGAAUGCGUCUUCGGUGACGGGCGCGAGUACGAAGCACUGGUACUUCGCCAGCGCAGUGGAAGCAUGGGCGCCGAAGAACACUUCGGCAAUGAUCAUCCUCGGAGAUAGCAUCUCUGACGGACGAGGGAGCGAUGACGACAGGAACAACCGAUGGCCCGACCUCGUCCUUGCGCGCCUGCAAAAGGAGGGCCUAGCCAACAUCGCCGUCGCAAACCAAGCAGCAGGCGGCAACGCGGUGCUCCAAGGCGGUCUGGGACCUCCGCUCCUCACGCGCUACAACCGCGACGCCCUCUCCCAGCAAGGGGUGAAGUACGUCUUCAUCUUUGAAGGCGUAAACGACAUCGGACCCAGCGCGACGGACUCUGCGACCCAGCAGCGGCUCGGCGACAGCCUAAUCAGCGCGUACAAGCAGAUUGUCGCCGACUGUAAGAAGGCGGGCCUCGUGACCAUCGGUGCGACGAUCACGCCGUUUGCGGGUAGCGGGCAGUCGUACUCGAACCCGGCGCGGGAGCAGACGCGGCAAAGGGUCAACGAGUGGAUUCUGGAGAACGGGACGUUUGACCAUGUCGUGGACUUUGCUUCGUUCAUCGGGGACGGUGACCAUCUGAAGGCGCAGUUUGAUGGAGGCGAUCAUUUGCACCCUAAUGUACCUGGGUACCAAGAGCUGGCCAAUAAGUUCCCGGUGGAAAUCCUCAGGAAAUGA